GUCAACCUUUUCGCCGUCUCGUAAUUAUGGCGACGUCUGCCCCUUCACUCUCCGAUCCCAAUUGGCAAUAUGGCAUGGGAGGAUGGAACAAUCCUCGCCUUCCAAACUUCAAUCUUCACGACCCGACCGUGAUUGCUGUGGAUUGGCUGGGAUUUCUUUGUCUUCUUGGUGCUUCUCUCGCCCUCAUGUACAAGCUCAUGUCGUUCAAGGGCCCCGAUGGCGACCAAGAGUUCUUCGUCGGCUACCGGGAAGAGAAGUGCCUCUCCAUCUACGUCAACCUCAUCGCUGCCAUCACCUACUGGGGCCGUAUCUGCGCUCACUUCAACAAUGACAUGGGCCUUUCUCUGUCUGUCAACUACUUCAAGUACCUGGACUACAUCUUCACCUGUCCUAUCCUGACGCUGGAUCUGCUGUGGUCGCUCAACCUCCCCUACAAGAUCACCUACUCUCUCUUCGUCGGGUUGACCAUCGCAUGCGGAGUCUUCUGCAACGCGUUCGAGCCUCCUGCGCGGUACCUCUGGUUCAUGUUCGGCUGCUUCAUCUUUGCCUUCACGUGGAUCAGCAUCAUCCGCCUCGUCUACGCGCGGUUCCAGCAGUUUCUCAACGAGGACGCGAAGAAGAUUCGAGCGCCUCUCAAGCUCUCCCUCACCCUCUACUUCAGCAUCUGGUGCGGCUACCCGGCCCUCUGGCUUCUCACCGAGUUCGGAGCCAUCUCCCAGCUGGCAGCCCACGUGAUGACUGUCAUCAUGGACGUCGCCGCCAAGUCUGUGUACGGCUUCGCCCUGCUCAAGUUCCAGCUGGGGGUGGACAAGCGAGACGUCUGGCUCGAUGAGCUCAGGAGCGUCAGAUACUCUGAGCCUCCUCCUCAGAUCCGACCGUCGAAGAGCAGGGAGGGACCAGCGGGAUACAACUACGACGAGGAGCACGACUUUCCUCGCUUCAGCAAGUCCAGCAACCGCCCACAUGACAUGCGCCACUCUCGCGGCUCAGAGCACGCCAGCCGUCAGAGGCCCCCGCAAGACUUGUACCCACAUGACGACGGGAACGGCAUGGAGAAGGACCAGGAGAUCUCGUCGACGAUGAAGCAGAUCGCCGAGCUCAACAAGCAGCUCUCUGCCUUGCAAGAUGAUGAAAGAAUGUAAAAUGUAGAACAAAGUUCGUGAUAUCCGCAUGAAUCAAGUCGAGCACCUGAUGAAAUGAUAUAUUGUUUCGAUGGGAUUUUUCCAUGAAAGUACCGAAUAACCAUAA